AUGCAAGAAUAUGAGGAAAUUGCUAAGGAAGAGAGACUAAAUGAAAUGGUAAGUGAACCAGAAUUCUCUUCAGAUAUCAUGUUAAAGAAGAAUAAAUUUAAGAAAUAUGAAAUUAUUGGUCUGAUAGAAGAGUGCAGUGCUAUGCUACAGAAAAAGUUACCACAAAAGCUCAAGGAUCCAGGGAGUUUUACUAUUCCUUACACUAUUGGUUCAUUGAUUAUUGCUAGAGCUUUAUGUGAUUUAGGUAUUAUUGAAGAUGCUUUAGUCAAGACUGACAAGUUUGUUUUUCCUGUAGAUUUCAAGGUGCUAGACAUGGAAGAGGAUUCUGAAAUUUCUAUCAUCUUGGACUGUCCAUUAUUAGCCACUGGAAGAGCUUUAAUUGAUGUCCAAAAAGGUGAAUGA